AUGACAAGUGGUUCAAACCCUUCAGGAUCUUACUUGCCCUCAAAAGUAAGAUGUUCCAAAAUAGAUGACAACUACUUGAAGGAAUUGAAUGAGGACUUAAAGCUAAGGAAGCAGGAACUGCUAGAGAUCCUAAAACCUCUUGAAGAUAAGAACAAUCUCUUAUUCCAGAAGUUGAUGUCUAACUUGGAAGAAAAACAGAGAAGUCUACAGAUCAUGAGGCAGAUCAUGGCAGGGAAGGGGAGUGAAGAAUCCUCAGUCAUGGAGCUCAUUAAGGAAGCAGAGGAGAUGAAGCAGAAUCUGGAAAGGAAAAACAAGACGCUUCGGAAGGAAAUGGAGAUGCUAUGGAACAAGACAUUCGACACAGAAGAACUUGGUGAUCAACAAAAAGCACCGCAGAUAAAAAACAAAGCAGACUUGCAGGAGGGGAAGGUUCCCAAAACCCCCUCCUCACCUAGGAAGAGCAAGAAUGAACUGGAGACAUCAUGUGCAGAGAAAGUGAAAGAGAAAAAGAAGGAAAAGCCACAGAGGAAAAUGGAAUGGGUCAGGUAUCAGGAACAAGCCAACAUCCUUCAGAAUGGCUUUAAUGGCAAAAUGAUUGAGUUGAGAAUUGAAGCCUUGAAGAACUACCAGAAGGCCAAUGACCUGAAAUUGUCACUGAACUUACAGCAGAAUUUGGAGCCAAAGCAAGCAUAUUUUAAUCUUCCUGGGUCUCGAGGUACUGUGAACACUACAACUACCAGCAGAUUAACUACCAGCAAAAACGAAUCUAAUGUGAGAAUUCUGGGAUCAAAAACCUACACAGAACAACAAAGAGCUAAAGGAAAUCAGUUUGAUGAUGUAGGAGGGAGGAUCUUUUUUCUGAGGUCACUGCCAGAUGAAGCUCUGAAGGAUUAG